UCGCCUUCAUCAAAUUCCCCCGUUCUACUUUCUCUUCCAAACAUAGCGCCAAAAAUCUCUAGAGAGCGAAUCUAGAGAGAGAAACCCGAUGGCCAGCUCCUCGUCGUCGGAUGACUUCUCCGUUGUGGUGCUGGCCUCCGACCUCGGGAUCGACGCCCGUCCGUUCCUGCUGAAGGAGCCGGCGGGCUCGCCACCGGAGGUCGCGGAGGGAGACGACGGUGGCGGCGGCGACGACGACUGGCACGAUUGCUCUCAGGAUCUCUCCCGCCACGACGACUUCUCCGACCUCGAAUUCCUCCAGUUCUUCGGGCUCCAGGGCUCGGACAAGGCCGGCAACCGGAUUUUCCGCAUCGUCGGCAAGCACUUCCCCGCUCUUGUGGUGAGUGGAGAGCGGCUCCGGAAGUAUGUAUUUCAUAAGAUAUGCAGUGAUCUUCCAGAAGGGCCAUUUUGUAUUGUUUACAUGCAUAGUACUGUGCAAAAGGAGGAUAAUUCCCCGGGCAUAUCUAUCUUGAGGUGGAUUUAUGAAGAUCUCCCUACAGAAAUCAAGGAGAGACUUCAAAUUGUCUAUUUUGUCCACCCUGGAAUUCGUUCAAGGCUGGUCUUUGCCACCCUUGGUCGAUUGUUCUUAAGUGGAGGGUUAUAUUGGAAAAUUAAGUAUGUAAGCCGCCUGCAGUACCUGUGGGAUGAUAUAAAAAAGGGAGAGAUAGAAAUCCCUGACUUUGUCCAAGAGCAUGAUGACAUUCUCGAGCAUAGACCGCUCACAGAUUAUGGGAUUGAGCCCGACCCUCUUCAUUUGACUGAGUUGCCUCACUCAGCCUACUCAUUUGGGAGGUAUGAAGACAGAUGGGCAGCAAGGGAGUACGCGUCUCGAUAUUCAUGAAAAAUUAAGCAGCAAUUGCAAGCCGAUGCUAGCUGGGUAUGGGUAAUCGUCUCCAGUUUUGUACAGAAUAACUCUUGUCUGGUCACUCGAACUCAUACUUUGUAAUCCUUUAGCCUCAUCUCGUGGGACUAGUAAUACUGCGAGUUGUGAAAGCAUUAUGAAUUUUCCAUUCCGUAAAUGGAGAUUUGCUAAAAUACCUUGCAACGUAUUCCCCUCUGGUCCUGUAAACUUAUCUGCCUGGACAUAUGAUGCUUAUAUGUUUGUCUAUAAGCUGCAUCUAUGUUAAGCAGAACCAGUUGCAUA